AUCUUUUCAGCUUCAGGCAAGUAUCUUCGUGACCUAUUACCUCCAGCAUCUUCGUCAACUUCUCCCUCUGGAAAUACUGGUAGUGACUUGGAAACUGGUAUUGAUGCCUCCAUCUCUGGAUCGAGAACUGUAUCCUCUGCAUCAGGUCGGCAUUUUACCCUUUCUCCCUCAUUAGCAUUCUCCGCCUCUGCUUCUUCUUUCGUCUCUUCGACAAGUGGCAGUAAUAUUAGCACAACUCACUUGUGUCCUUCCCCUCGUGGUCACCUGGGUGGCAUAACUCUUGGGUAUCCUGCUGCUGGUUGGCACACGACCAGUUUCUCGCGAACUCGCACACUAGGUUGGGUUGAAGAGGAAGAAAUAGAUGGUAAGGGAUAUGGCCUGGCUACAGUAGAUGGUGCGGUGAAUAACGGAGACGAUGAGUAUUGUGAAGAAUGCGGUGAAUUCGGAGAUGUUGAGGCUGAUUAUGAUAAGGAUCUAGAUGAUGAUGGCUUGGGCAUCUGUCUUUUAGCAAGUCACACUGAUAGAAGCCGAUCAGCUGUUAUUGUCUGGCCCGAAGUGGCAUGGAGCCCCGAUCAUAUGCCACCACAUUCCUCAGCCCAGGAGAUGGCCUCUUCUCGACGUACUGGCAUCCUAGUUGCUCCCUAUAUCGACCUCUCCGACGCCAAUUCGGGUUCUAUCCCUAGCUCCACAACCACAUCUAGUACCAUAGUUACUCCGACUCCGGAGCGGGUUCAACAGUUUUCACAAUCCUCAGUGAGCUCUUCUCUGGCAUCGUCUGUCACAUUGCCUUCAGGCUAUCGGCAACACAAGACUUCAGCAAAACCAAAGAGACUUGGCUGGAAGUGGCAGCGUUCGCACUAUUCGGAAAAUAACAAAUUACGCCAAUGCAUUUCGUCAGCCGAGGACAGAAGACUUAUGGCCGAGGCGAUUGUACAAGCGUAUAUCAUCGAGACGGAGCCAAGCUUUCGUCGAUUGGCUGGACUCACUACUCUGCCCGGAGCUACUAGGGCUUGUAUCGUCGUAGAUCUUGGUGGUCAAGCCGCUUAUCGAUUACGCUACGCCUAA